GGGCAACGAAUUGGGCGGGUGCCUUUGCUUAUGAAUCAUCCGAACUGAAUUUCAGAGCCCUAAAUAACUCUCCGUACAAUCGCACUGCCAGAAGACGAAGAAGAGCAUGAGCGACGAUAAGCAGUACGAAUUCUGCGUUGUUUGCAAGCUCAAUCACAACAAAGGACGCCGCCACAACUUCCUCCCUAACCACAAGAAGUCGCUCGCGGCGGUGCUUUCCCGUUUCCAAUCGAAGCUUUCCGAUAUACGUUUCUUCCUCAGAAACCCUAUCCCUCUGCGCCCUGAGCAUGCUUCCCUUAAUCGCCUUUGGUGUCUCUUCUGCGAGUGUGAUAUUCUUGAACUCGACAGCUUCUACGCUAGCGACAAUGCGAUUAGGCAUUUGGCUGGUGCGGAUCAUUUGAAGAAAGUUAAAGGUUUUUUGUGGAAGUAUGGUGGUGGAAUGGACAAGGUUGAUACUUUCCGGAUUACAGAGGCUGACUUCGCCAAGUGGGAGAAGAAGUGCAAUCUAUUGAAGAAGGGAGCUCUUGAUGGAAAAUCUUGUGCAACGUCAAUUGGACCGUCGAAUGAUAUCCAAAAUAAAACGAACUCUGACUAUCUAAAUUGUUUUGAAAAAGAUAAUAUACAUGCUCUUAAUUUUGAUGUUUCAAAUAAUGUUGUACCUUUACAAAAUUAUACAAAUGAGAGAUCACAGAUAUUUGAAAACAAAAUGCAUAGUGUUACAAAUGGCCCUAAUUUGCGCAGUAUGUGCAUGGGUGGACAACUCGGUGAAGAUGCUUGUUCCUCCAAUGGCCUAUCAAAUGCCCAAAAGUGCUUGAGGUUUCAUGCCAAAACUUCUCACCAAUGUCUUAAUGGCGGUUCUGUAACUCCGGAUGGAAGAAUGACAAGGGGGAUGAAGAGUUCUCUGGGUCCACCAAGCAUUACACAGAUAACUUUAACAUUUCAAAAAGAUUCCCUUGGCAAUGUUCAUUCUGGAGCACCUCCUCCAUGGUUCAAUGCAACUGAAAAAAGUCAGCUAGAUUUUAUAUCAAGUCCCGGAAGGAGUGACCCCUCCCCUCUCAAUCAGAAGAAGAAGUCAAAACUAAACCCAAACCGGGUUGGUGCUGCUUGGGCAGAGAGAAGAAGAGUUGAGCUGGAGCUGGAGAGUAAAGGGGAGCUCAUGACAAACACUUUUGAUGUGAACUGGCUCCCAAAUUUUGGCGGAGUUUGGCAAUCAGGUACAAGGAAGCAAUCUAGAAAAGAAUUUCACCUGGAGAAUCACAAAUCUGCUGAGGUUGAAAGCCAAUCCCAGAGUAUGGUGCAGUUACAGCCUUAUGUCAGCAAGCGAAAGGUGCCUUAAAUCUGUGUCUUGCAAAUAAUUUGCGGUGCAUGUUGAAGGCUGUCUCUGAUUUUGGAAGUUUCCUCUUAAUUGAAGACUAACUUCCAGUGCAUGAUAAUAUCAUGAAGACCAUAUGUGUCAGACCUGUUAUAGUCGUCAAAACUGUGAUAUCUUACUGCGGCCUUGGAUCUUAAUAGCUGUUCAUGCAAUUCAAGUUUGCUGCAGAGUCGCCAAUGAAAUAUUAUGUCUUUGUGCAAGUUUGCUGCAGAGUUGCCAGUGAAGCAGUAUUUUUUUUGCGUAGCUGUUCUCUAAUUGGCUCAAAAUUCGCGUCUCACUUGAGAGAUGUGUGUUGUGGAAAGGAGAGAUGAAGGAUACUUUCUUGGGGAUUUUAAUUAAAAGAGACUUUUGAGUUAUCUAUUUGAGGAUAUAGGACACUAGUUUUAAAAAUUGGGUAAAAGGGACUCUAGUAUAAUUAGGUAUUAAUGAGUUAUGCUAAUUUAAAAAAGAAUAUUUUUAUACACCCCAAAGUU